AUUGUUAACGGGGUGUGGGUUGCUUUGGGAGUCAAGGAUGGGCGAUACCCCAUGAAUGAACCCUCACCGGGGUGGGGUGGGGAAUACCUUGCUCCCUUCUUUAGAACACGCCGCUCGGCUCACCGCUUGAGUUCGUCCCCCAACUACUUGCGGCAUGAAGCCCCCUUCUUCGGCUUUGAUCUCUGCUUCUGGUAGAUCCACUGGACAUAGUCGGGCUUGCUUUCGAGUAAAACAUUCUACGGGGUCGGUCGGGCUGCCUAGUUCCCGACUCCCCGCCCCGCCGCGUAGAGAGACGGCAAACCCGGGACCGACUUCUGCAGCCCGACCCUUAACUUGGCAGCCCGGCUGCCCGCCUCGCGCACUGACUGGAGCGUAAGCCCCCUGGAGCGCGCGGGGGGUCUCUCCCCGCGUCAAGGUGCCCGCCAGGGGCGGCGCGCCGCGCUCGCAGUUUCCUCCCUGGCCAGGCCAAGGCAAGAGAGAAGGCAGGGCUGGGCGAGGUGAGGCUCGUUUCGGCAGCGGGCGGGGCGGUGCCGUCGCCUUCCUGGGCACAGGAAGCGGAAAGCGCCGCUGCAGCCGCCGAGCCGAAGAAGCCUGGCGUUGGCAACCUGCCUGCUGCGUGGUUUGCUCUGUCCACCGGGGGCUGCAAAAUGGAGCGGGCGCCGCCAGCGAGAAGAGGUUUAUGUUGAAGAUCAAAGGAACUGCCCUUGCCGCUCUGAGACCAGAGGCCAAAUUUACUAUUUUCUUGGACUUGUGGAUGAUCACUGACCUGAGCAUAAGCACCAAAGCGCUUCCUCCGUGGACUUAGUGGCCCUCUAGGGCGCAAGCAAGACGUGUGCCUCUCCUUGCUGUUACCUGGCUUCUCUUCUGCCAUGGAUACGGAGUCAACCUACUCUGGAUAUUCGCACUAUUCGGGUCACUCCAAAAGAGCCCAGAGACAAGGGAGCCGGGACAGGCACAAGUCGCCCCGGAGUAAAGAUGGCAGUCGAUCAGAGAAGUCUGUUACCAUUCAAGCGCCACCUGCAGAGCCAUUAUUGGGGAAUGAUUCUUCCAGGACAGAGGAAGCUCAGGACGACAACUGGGGUGAGACCACAACAGCUAUUACAGGUACCUCAGAACACAGUGCAUCCCUGGAGGACAUUCCCAGGAGCAGCAAGGACCUGGAGGACAGUGUUGGCUUGGACUGCAAACGCUACUUUGUCCUAACAGCGGCUGCUAUCCUCGGACUUCUCGUCUUCCUUACCCCCAUUGCCUUUAUUCUGCUCCCGCAGAUCCUGUGGAGAAGUGAGUUGGAGCCGUGUGGCACAGCUUGCGAAGGGCUCUUUAUCUCUGUGGCUUUCAAACUUCUGAUCCUCCUGAUUGGCACCUGGGCACUCUUCUUCCGCCAGCCCAAGGCUGACCUCCCGAGGGUGUUUGUGUUCCGCACCCUCAUUUUGGUCCUUGUAUUUCUGCUGGUGUUUUCUUACUGGCUUUUUUACGGUGUUCGCAUUUUGGACUCCAAGGACCUCAGUUACCAGGGAAUUGUACAGUUUGCCGUGUCCCUGGUGGACACCCUGCUUUUUGUUCACUAUCUUGCAAUUGUGGUGCUAGAGCUGAGGCAGCUGCAGCCGAUGUUCACAGUCAAGGUGGUCCGGUCCACAGAUGGAGAAUCGCGCUAUUAUAGCUUGGGACACUUAAGUAUCCAGCGGGCUGCUUUAGUCAUUUUGGAAAAUUACUACAGAGACUUUGCUGUCUACAACCCAAUGUUACUAACAGCUUCCAAGGCACGUGCAGCGAAGCACAUGGCAGGCCUGAAGGUCUACAAUGUCGAUGGGCCAGAUAACAAUGCUGCUGGACAGUCCAGGGCCAUGAUUGCUGCUGCAGCUCACCGCAGAGACUCCAGUCACAACGAGCUGUAUUAUGAAGAGGCAGACCAUGAGCGAAGGGUCAGAAAGCGGCGAGCAAGGCUUGUGGUAGCGGUCGAAGAAGCUUUCACCCACAUUAAGCGCCUAGAGGCAGAGGAGCAGCAGAAGGCCCCCGGGGAGGUGAUGGAUCCUCGAGAGGCAGCUCAAGCUAUCUUCCCAUCCAUGGCAAGAGCAUUACAGAAGUACCUCCGCACGACCCGGCAACAGCACUACCACACAAUGGAGAAUAUUCUGCAGCACCUGGCUUUCUGCAUUGCCAACAGCAUGACACCAAAGGCCUUCCUGGAGCGUUACCUCAAUCCAGGCCCAACCCUACAGUAUGACCGUGAUCGUUGGUUCUCCAAGCACUGGACACUCAUUAGCGAGGAAGCAGUUACAAAAGGAUUAAGGGAUGGUGUUGUGUUUGUCCUCAAGUGCUUGGACUUCAGUCUUGUCAUUAAUGUGAAGAAAAUUCCCUUCAUCAAACUCUCAGAGGAGUUCAUUGAUCCCAAAUUUCACAAAUUUGCCCUUCGCUUACAGUCUGAAACAUCAGUCUAAGGGGCCAUAUAGGUAUGUGUGAGUGAAGAGAGGGUAUUUUCUGACUUCAGGCAUCGGUGUUUGGUUUUUCCCCUUCCCUUUUAUUCCGAUUGAAACUGAUAGGUGACUGACUAGGGGUAUUUUUACCAUCUGCACUUUAUCUGGAAAGAGGAUGGGGGAGAUUCUCUCUGGAAAAAUCUGCAGAUCUGCUCAUGGAUUGAGUAAGCGCAUUCAUCGAGACUGAACUCUUGCUUUAGUUUGAGCAAACUGCAGAGGUCUGUGAGCCCAUGUGGUGUUGCUGCUUUUAUCUGCCACUCUGCUCUAAGAUCAACUAGUAUAUAGGUGCUGCUUUGCUCUGCUCCAGCCUGCUUCUUUGUGUGUGUACAGCUUUCUGUUCUCAUUGCUUUGCUUAGCGUUUGGCAUUCAUCUCUGUGGCUCAAUUCAGACAUCACACCAAAUCGUGGUUUGUGCUAACCCUUGUUUAGAACCCAAACAUGGUUUGAGCUUCCAGACUUCAAGCAGGCAAUCCAUACUUUUAAAACUUUUUGGCUGCCUUAAUUUUCUGUAUAUCCCAGCAUUCAGUGGCAUAAGUUCACCCCUCCAGGUUCUGGAUGGCAGGCAAUGGCCAUAACUAUGGUCUCUCAGUUCAGACAUCAUGCCAAACUAUACUUAAGUUUCAUUGAUGUCUGAACUGAGCCUGUGUGAAGAAAAGUUUAUACUUUAACCUAUUGGGCAGUUUCUGUUAGGGGACGUAGGAAGGCCUUUCUUAAGGAAGGUUACCGUUGUGUCUUCAGGAAAACAUCAUCUAUGUAAUUCCAUCUUACCACAGGCUGUGCAGGGGAUGGAGGGAUGUCUCUUACGUUGUUUCUUUCACCACUCCCUGUACUGUAACUCUGUGAAUCAUGACCAGUUGUGUGUUUCUGAAAUUUUGAGCAGUUUUAUAGGAUAGCUUUCCCAACUCCUGCACUCAUAUUCUUGCCCUACAGGCUUAAAGCAUCCUUCUUCUUUCCUUGGAGAACCGUGUUGGGUUUUUUUGUUUUUGUUUUUAAAAAACUGAUUUUUCCACCCCUCCCAGGUUUUGUCUUUCACUCCCCCAUACAUAUUUAUACAAUUGCAGAAUGGUUGAGGAGACUGUUUCAGAUCCUGAUCCAUUUGAUCCUGAAGAAGUGGGUCAUGAGUAAAAGGGACUGUUUCCUGAUUUAAAAGGGUUUAUUCUUGUAAGAUAAACCCUUCCUUCUAUCCUAAGGAAGAAGAGAUGGGAGACUUUUCUGGUGAUUUUUUCCCCCCAGCAGCUUAUAAGAAAAGAGGAAUAUUGGAUUCAGAGCAGGGAAUGCUUUCCUGAAUACUUUCAAAAUUAGAUUGCAUUUAACCAAACAGUAAUGAGCUGUGCUGUUUCCAAGGGUCCACACAAUUUGGCUGGCUUUUAAUUAUGGUUGCUUCUGACUUCCCUGUCCCAAGACCUGUCGUGCACAGAGAAAGGAAGGGUCAGUCUCUUUCGCUUCACAUUGGGCUUUGAAGCCACUUAGAAACUGUGAGAAUCUGUCUCACUGGUGCAGAUAAGAGAUUCCUCGAAUUCUCUGCAUCUACCAGAGGACUUCGGAGAGGGACUUAUUCUGUUUCUCUGGAGUCUCCUCCCACCUCCUCUACAGUGGGUGGAGAACUCUGAAAAUGGGAGAGGUCUCCUGCUUUGUGCUGCUUGUGUGGAGCAACUGGGAGCAGGUCCUUAACCAAAAAGAGAUUUGUAGUCACUGCUGGCCACCUUGCAACUACAUCUGUGGACCAGUGUUCCCUCUAAUAGGGAUUCCCAGAACUACAACUCCCAUAAUCCCCAAGCCAAGGCUAUAGCAGCCAGGAGUUGUAGACAAGAGUAUCUGGGAAUCGCUGUUAGAAGGAACACUGCUGUGGAUCCCUGACUGUAUUUCUUGGCAGCUUAUGACACUGUGUGUUCUCUGUGGUUCUCAGGUUCUGCAGGCAGCUGCUGUUUGAAAAUAAUUUCUUUAAAAAAAAAAACUUAAGAAGCAGCAGCAAAAAUAAUCAAAUUAAUAUAAUAUGAUUUGAUUAUUUAUAAACCAUCAAAUAUAAAUGUUAAGAACAAGUGUUGUCCAAUGAGCAUAUAACACUACAUGUUUUUCAAUGCAGAUACAUUUCAUUAAAAUGUUGUCAUUUCUUACACUGCUUGCCACAUGCCUUCCCCCCCACCCUAGCACCAGUUGAAUGUAUUUCCCCCGGUACAAAUGCCUAAAAUAUGUUAACCUCUUCAUUAAAGUUGUUUGCUGCACUUUUAUCAGCUUUUCAGCCAAACAAGGUAGCAAGCUGUUCCUCUCCCAGUGUUAGGGAUGUCCCCGGAACGGAAUGUAGGUUGAGCCAGUUGUUCCAAUGAAAUGAGCUCAGUAUACUCAAAACGUUCUGAGCUGUCCACACAUAUGGCUGCCGUGCAUGCACAGGGGCCAGAAGAGUGCCAUUUUGGAGUCCAAAAUGGCGCUUGGAACACUUGAAACAUUUUGACUCAGAACAGGGUUGUUUCGUUCAAAGGUCAGGCCCUUCAUUUGAAGAGCGUUCUGUACCGAGCUCAGAAUACUCAAACCAGCCCGUUUCAAGUCAGAACAUUCUGAGCACUGAACGUUCCAGUGUACUGCCAGUGGCAAUAACAAAUAGCCAAUUAAUACAUGUUGUUUCUUUCCAACAUUACCUUUUAGAUUACUGCCAGUUGACUUUGUAGAAGUUUAUAACCAAAUUUUAUUUUUAAAAAACCAUUGUCCUAUAGAUAGAUAUAAUGUUGGCAUCUGUCUCUGGCAAUUCCCUGUGUAAUUGGUAUAUAUUUUUCUUCAUCUGAUAGAUGUGUAGUACCAACAUACAAAAUUUUGUAGAAAUGUUCCCAGUUUAAUCUGUAGUUAGGACCUGUUCUACAUAGACAAUUCCAAGAACAUUUAGGGACUGACAUCCUGCCUGCAUGCUUCAAGGGAUUUGUGGCAUGUGAUGGGAGCCCUCGUGCUUUCCCCCAGCACACAUGCUGUUGCUCCAGAGCCCUUAGAGUCUGGAGCACUACCCCCAUCCCGUAGGGCUCUGCAAGAUCGGAAACACAAUGCUGAGGGGAAAGCAGCCUGUGCACAGGGAGAAAGGGAAAGCUGCUCAAGGGCUCCUGUCACAAGUUCACCUGGAGCUGGAUUUACAAAUGGAGAAGUCUCCCCUUAACAGGCUGAAUGGUCACAUAGAGUAAAAUAGCUUAAAUGAGAAGUCAUUCCAACCUAGCUGCAACAGUGAUUGCAAACAGAAGAGAUUCACUUGCACCCCAAGGUAACAAGACCCUUGCUUAUACUUUUAAGCAAGCAAGUGGGCAAGUGGGAAGCACCUGUGAUUCUACAUUUAAUGUGGUUUGGGGCCUUGAACCACAGAUGAUCUCUGUGCAUUAUGUGGCCUUGUGUAGAGGAAGUGCUUAAGAGUUUUCUGCUGUGAUUGAUUGUCUCCCUCCAUUUGGCCUUAUUUGGAAGACACAACGUUGGGAGGAUGUGCCAGUGAGAAGAUCUCUUAAUAAGACUGGUGUUUCUCUCCUCCCACCCCACACUCUGCCUUCAGCCAAGUGCCCUGGGUUUUUAUUUAAUAAGCAGUAGUUCUAUCUGUUUAACUGGAAUGUACCUGAUAGUUUUUUAGACAAUAUUUUUUAAUGAAGGAGACAACAACCCUAUCUGGUGCCUUUACUGGUCGUAUUCAGACAUUAUGUUCUACGAGGAUAUAGGUGUCAUGUUUCCGUGUGAACAGCUGUACCUGCAUUCAUGUUAAAAGUGAACCUGCAUACAGGCCCCCUGAAAUGCAGAAUACAGAUAGGAAGUGGGCUGCUAUACCUGUGUUCAGCAUUAUAUUUGAAUAACAGUACAGUACUUCUGCAAGACAGAUCAUGCUGGAGAGAAUCAAUCUAUGUGGUCGCUAAGAGUCGACACUGACUUGAUGGCGCUCAAUCAGUCAAUCACUUCUGUAUAGACCUGUACCUGUAUUCACUGUGCACUUGUUGGCUGAACAGGACUACUGUUACAUAUCAGUUUUGGAGAAACCACUGCAGUUGGGCAACCACGUCCUAAAAGCAAAUUCAACUGUUUUUGCCCCAAACCAUCCAAACUAGGUGCUGGUUAAGCCCAGCUGACAUCUGCCUUGACUUGGCUGUGUGAAUUUAGAAUCAAAGGCUAGCCUGGUAGCUGCAGAGAAGAGUAUUUCAAGCACUAGAUAUCCUUUCCUCCUCCAGUUCCCUGAAAUCUGGAUUUUAUUUGCUCAGGAAAUGUCUCCUUUCUUCACUAUAUAUUAUUGUGUGUUGAAAGUGACACACAAUGAAAUGUACAACAUUUAUAAAAAAUAAAUGCGCAAAAAUUUAUACAAUAGAAAUGUGCAAAAAAUUAUAAAACAGAAGCAAUGGCAGCUGCUUUGGAGUUGGGGAAGUUGCUUCAGUCUGCAUCCUUCACUUUAGAAUGCCAUAUUUCUGACUUUUCUGCUGAAAGGAACCCUGCCAAUAUGUGUUUAAUUGAAAGGCUCUUGUCUGUUCGAACACCUUAGAUGCUUCAACUUGAACGAGAGGGUAAACCUCUCCCUGUUUGUCUGGUGUGUUUACUUUUGCAUUCCCUUGAGAUUGUAAAGGUUGAAGAGAAUGUGCUUUAAGGCUGCGGCACCCAUGUUGCCCUCCUCCAUCUGCCACAGGCUUUUCUUUGUGACUGUGGGCAAAUUGCUCCCAGUAUCGCUUGUUUUUCCCUUUGUUUGUAACACAAAAAGCACACAAAUUCUGCCUGUUUCAUGGGGUGGUGUAAAGUUGUAAUUGAGGCUUGUUUUCAGGCCAUCAACCAGAAAAAAACUAUAAAAUGUGCCAAACACACAAUAAUGCUAAACCCGUGAAUCUGUAGUAGUUUUAGGGAAAUAAAGUUGUUGGGUUCCUUUUCCAUAUCCUAUAAAAUGUUCUGGGCCAAUUCACUCUGGGCAUUUCUUAUGUUGUUACUUUGGGCUGCUUAUGCUAUGGAAAGCCCCAUGCUAAACCAGUAACAUCAUUCUGUAUCUAGGAACCAAGGUCUCCUUGGGGCCAGCAGCAUUGGAAUGGGAAGAAACCAUUCCUCCAACCUGAUUCCUGGACACAGUCAUUAUGAGCACAGUGUGGGGCCAGCCGAUCCCACUAUACUGUAAAAAUCUGCCCUUGUUCGUUUACACUGUGAAGACUAAGGUGCCUUCUUGCUGGAGAUCAGCUCGUCAGUUUGCAGCCACCAGCCUCUCGCUGCCUGCUACAUUGCCGAGGCUGCAGAAGACUGAAUCAAUACUUCCUUAAUCACCAGCACAGCAUAAAUGAAAAGCCUUGCAAAGGCAAAAUAAAUGGACUGACACUUUUAUGGUCAAAAGCAUGUUCAUUAUAUGAGUGCAGUUGUCAAGAACUUGCUUGUGGGGCUUUGAUAUUUUAAAACAAGCUCUAUCACCUAAUAGCAUUUUCCUUCAGUGACUGUCUCAUACCUGCAUUGGUGACUUCUGUGACAGCAUAGCUGAUUAGCAGUUGCAGGGGUGGAGAGCCCGUGAUGGAGUGUGUGUGCUUCUGUGGGGAGGAGUGUAAACCCAGUGUGCCUAAUUGUUGCUUUGUAUGGUCAUGUGGUUGAGUCAACCAUAAUAAAAAUAUUCCAUGAUUGUUGUAUAAACAGAUUAAUCACCCUUAUCCUGUUGCUUUAAAACCAAGUAGAACUGACAUUUUACAAACUUGGAUUUUGUAGAGAUAAUGGUAGAGUGCCUCUGUAGCCCCACACACUUUGGGGGUUUGUGUAUUUUUGGUAUACAAGAGGCUUCCCUGAUCAGGUUGGUGUUAGAAGAGGAGAUUCUGUUGGCAUGUUGCUGCUUCUUUAACCUCUAAAGGCUAUUUUGUAGACUGUGGUUUCCCACACAGUUCUGACUUUGAUGUUGCAUCCCACAUAGAUGGGACUGCAUAACUGUCUACUUCACCGUAUUCACACAGAAUGUGCAUAUGCUGGAAAACUGUAGCCAAUCCUGUGGCCCUUUUUAUUUGUUCUUCCCACCACAUGUGCCACAGCACAUGUGCCCAUCACACAUAAUGAUUUGCAUGUAGAAGACACACAUGAGUGAGAAAUUGGCCUGGUUGAAAUAGCCCUAAGGAUUCUGUAUAGUGCUCAGAAUUGGAACCAGGACACACAUCCCAAUAUGGCUAUCCUGGGAGACAGCCCUGUGGUUGGACCAUGUUUAAUCACAGAAUUUUAGAAUGGGAAUGACUCCUGGAAGAUGACAGCAGCUCUAAGAUUGCCUCUUUUUUAUUCACCUGACACUACAGACUUAAUUAAUUUAAAGUAGAGAAGUGUUCUCUUAUCUCUUUAGCUGCAGUUUCCUCCUUUCUUCGUUACUGCUACUGUUGCCUGUUUGAGUCAUGUUUUUCUUGUGGAAGAUGACAGAUGUAAAAUAGGAAGUAAGCAGCACUGACUUCUUUCUAUCACCCAUUACCAUUUGGCCAUCUUCUCCAAGCAUUAGACCUAUCACUUCCUUGACUUUCCGCUUCCUUUGUACAUAUCAGGAAAACUAUUCGUGUUUUUGGCAUCCCUUGUAAACCUCAGCUCAUUCUGAGCUUUAGCCUUCCUGGAAACCAUCAAAAGGUGCCAUUUUUGUACUGUUCCUUGGUUAUAUGCCCCUCCUUCUGUUUAUACAUGUCCUUUUUGCUCCUCAGCUCUUCAGAGAACCUUUGUGCAUCCACACUGUUUUAUUUAGCCCAUGCUUCCUCCUCAUGGGAAUUAUUUGUGAUAGUGCCAUGCUCACAUUCUGCUAAAAGGAUGAGUCAAGAUUUUACCCUGCAUGACCCAGACCCUCUCGUUUCAUGUCUCCAACACAAGCCACUAGAGCUCACUGCAUUCUCUUCACAAGCCAGGAAGGUAGAAAUGACACUUCAUAUUUCCCCUCCACCUCGUUUAAGCUUAUCAGUUUCAUUAAGUGUUUGGAACUAGCAGCUUUGGGAUUAAGGUGGCAACUAAAUCUAGUCACUGGUGUCAUCAGUUUCAUAUGUUACUUCAGGUUAUCAAGAUCUCGCAGUAGUUACCCUGUGAAUAAUGUAACACCCUGACUGUGCUAACUGUGUUCCUAAUAUAACGGCCAAUGCCAAGCAUAGUUUGGAUAUGAGGCCUUUGUUUUUAGAGUGCACCCAAACACACUUUUGCUGUGGGGUGAUCAAAACACACACACACAGAGAGAGUUGAGUCCUGCGGACAGACUGCAUCACCUCCUCCAGAUAUUUUAUCUAAUCUUAGAACUGUAGAGUUGGGAGAGAACUCGGAGGCCUUCUAGUCCAACCCCCUGCUCAAUCAAGGAAUAUUGUUGGUUUUUCCCUAGCAAGACAUUAUUUGGAAAUAACACUUACUUAUUUGGCGACUCUGAUCUACCACUUAUACAGACUUAACUAUGAUGUAUUCUUGUUCUCCUUGGUGCUGGUUGUUCUAGUAUUUAAUUCAACAUUCAUUGUGUAUUGGGAGUCAGUAUUUUCUCCUGAACACUCCUCUCUUGAUCACUGUGCACUGUUCAGCUUAACAAUUUUCUCUGCACAAACGGUAUUAAGUGUGUCUCAUUCUCUUUCCCCACCCCCCACCCUUGGACAGCUUAACUGCACACGUAACUUUAAUGUCAUUGAUAAUACUCUGUGUGAAACAAUUUUUUUUGUUCUAAUUGUGGACUGAAGUAAGUUAAGUGGAAUUCCUAUUUGUCUGUCUGUCUAACAUUGAAUGCACUGUGUGUUGAGCAUAAUCAAGUGUUUGGGUUCUUAAGUUUGAUAGCUGGCGUUUUUUUAAUUGAAACAUUGAGACCAUUUUACACUCUGCAUAUUUUGUACAGUUAACUUGAAAUAAAAUGAAAUCAGAAAUUUUUA